AUGUUCCGAGCAGCAUCACGGCGCACUGGCGCGAACGUCGCAAAACUUCUACAGUCACAACCAAAGAGCCGAGCCCAUUCAAUCUACACCACCACCACCACCCGGCCAACCCUCCAAAGCCAAAUUAAAAAUGCUAGGCCUCUGGCUACUCCCUACAUCUCCGGCACACGACACCUGACGAUCCUGCAAAAGAUCGGGCGCCGAUACCGCGAAGCAUCAAAAGGAAUCUGGCGCAAGAACCCCGUCCUCAUGCCACUUGCUAUCUUCUCCAUUGUCGGCGGAGCCUUCAUAUUCGCCUACAUUUCAUACGUGGAAGUGACGCGUGUUGGUCCACAGUACCACAACUUCCCACCACCCGUGGCCGAUGCCCUCCGCACCGCUGUCUACUACACCGAGAUCGACCUGAACCCACCCAAGGCGCUCAAGGCAUACAAGGAGGCACUGCGGAUAGCAGCCGAGCUCGAUGUUCACCCAUUCUCAGACGAGGUGCUGGGCAUCAAACUUCAGGCUGCUAUGAUGCUGGAGAAAGCUGGGUUGGUGAAGCCGGCUAUCGAUGUAUUGGAACGGACAAAGAUCGAGACUCUUGCCUGGGUGGACGCGGGACGGGCAGGUGAUGCUGUUGCUGCCGCCGCAAAGGUAAAGGAGGCGCAAGAUCAAGCGCAAAAGACAAGUGCCAAUAUCGAAGUUGAUACUUCGACCAAGCAAGAAACCGCGCAGGAUUUGGAAGCCUUGGCCCAAUAUGAGGUUCGUCAACGCGACAAGGCGCUCAAGAAAGUCGUUGGAAUUAUGAUGAAGCUUGGCGAGCUUUACUCCAGCGAGCACAUCCAGGAGGAUAAGAAAGCCGAGGCUGCGCAGGUCGCCGCCGUGGAGCUUUGCUUGAAGGAGAUGCACCGCCGCCAAAAACUUGGUCUUCCUGUUGGUAGCUCUAACAGUGAUGAUGGAUCAGCGGGCGACGCAUGGCUGAACCUCACUGAGAUUGCGACGGCUUUGGCCGAGCUUGCCACUACGUAUACCGCCAAGGAACGGUAUGAUUUGGCCAUGCCGUUGUAUCUACGUGCGUUGGAUUUGAUCCGCCACGCAGAAGGCAGCGCCAUCUCCUGCAAGCAGGUCGUGUUGCUUAACGGUGUUGCAUCCGCGUUAGUUGGCCAGGUCCAAGUGCCGGCCAAGGCUCAGCCACAGGAGCCUGUUGCCGCAGCGCAGACCGUUGAGUCAGCUCGCCAGUGGGCUGAAAAGGCCAUCGAGGUUGCGGCGCACAUUCAACCCCCGGUGCGCGAUGAGGAAUGUGAUCUUACUUGCGUCGUUGCGACUUAUAACCUGGGCGAGUUAGCUGAACUACAAAAGAAGCCUGAUGUCGCCAAGCAGCGUUAUACCGAGGCCCGGCAAUUGGCUGACAAGAUAGGAUACCAGGAAGGAAGUCUGAUGGCCAAAGAAGCCUUGAAGAGACUUGGAAAGAACUAA